CGUCUUAGUGGUAGGAGUUUGGUGUGUUGUGCGAGAAGAAAGUGUUUUGCAAUUGACUUUUAUCCAGUUGUUACUUAUACGUAAAUUGCAGUAUUUUCUUGGCUCUGUAUUUAUAUUAAUUUCGCUGUGGAAUAUUGAACAGCACCGGAAGAUUUUAUACUUGGGAAAGUAUUAAGAAGUAAUCGUGGGCGGUGUGAUACGUUGUAUCUCCUUGUGUUUGUAAGAAUAGUAGAUGACUCCCAGUUGAUUGAUUGCUUUAAGUUGUUGGUGUUUAAUGUCAGAAUAUAAACAGUAUACUUUGAAUUUACAAUGAUGGAAGUUUCCAAUCUAGGGAGGUCUAUUUCGAGUAUUUUGGAAAGUGGUUCGCACAUACAUUCUGAGAAGGAAAGGCAAGGACAUCACCAGUCUGAUACGUUUGAAAGAUCUUAUCGUGUUGGAAAUAUCCUUGGGAAAGGUGGUUUCGGAACUGUUUAUUCAGGUGUCCGUAUUUGUGAUGGAGUGUUGGUAGCAAUAAAGCAAAUUGCAAAACAGAAGAUAACCGAUUGGAUAGAGGUUGGUAGUCAGCAAAUUCCAUUGGAGGUAUGCCUCUUAAAACAGCUGGCCCACAUUCCUGGUGUAAUUAAACUACUGGAUUAUUAUGAACGUUCAGACAGUUGUAUCAUCGUUAUGGAACGUCCAGAUCAAGCUAAGGACUUGUUUGAUUACAUUACUGAGAAGAUCUGCCUCAAGGAAUCUGUGGCUCGUGGCUUCUUCAGACAAGUAGUAGAGACUGUUAUACAGUGUCAUAAUGCUGGUGUGAUUCACAGAGAUAUCAAGGAUGAAAACAUACUUGUUGACUUGAAGUCCCAUUCUUUGAAAUUAAUUGAUUUUGGCUCAGGUACUUACUUGAAAGACAGCAUUUAUACUGACUUUGAUGGAACACGUGUAUAUGCACCCCCAGAAUGGAUCCAAUAUAACCGUUAUCAUGGUCGCAGUGCAACUGUGUGGUCCCUUGGAAUUUUACUAUAUGGAAUGGUUUGUGGAGAUGUCCCAUUUGAACAGGAUGAAGAAAUCGUGCAAGCAGCUAUUCAUUUUCGUACAAGACUUUCAAAUGAUUGUCAAGAUUUGAUACAAAAAUGUCUGAAGAUUCAUCCAAGUGACCGCCUACGUCUGGAAGACAUCCUACAGCAUGCAUGGAUGAACUGUAAUUUAGAUUCAUGUGCCAGCAACACAGAGGCAUUGAAUUGUGUUUGUCCUGCUAGGCGAAACUCUCUAGAUCAGCAUUCCCUGGACCAGGCUUCCACAUCUUCCCAAGAAAGCAUUUGACCACACUGUAUUCACUAGCUGUAGACUUAAUUUUAGUAUUAAAUCAUAGAAUGUCAUUUAGGGAGAGAUACUCAAUGGGAUAGGCCUCAAAUUGGCACUGACCCACAUUGGCUGUGAUGAAUGAAUUUUUUGCUUGAGCUCCCACCUUGACAAAAUAAUAAUUGGCAUUUCCCUUCCUACAUCCCUCACCUCUGGUUGUGUAAAUGUGUAAUACCUCACAUUUAAGGAUUUUGGCUUGGAAGUUCUGCUUCAAUUCCAUAAUCUAAAGUGUCAUAUAACUGCAUAAUAUUGUUUAUUAUUAUCUAUUACAGAGUCAUGUUAAUUUAUAUUAUGAUGCUUUGUUGCUCAGAUGAGGUUUUGUGUGCUGACUUACAGUUUUUAAAUUAAGAAUCGGAUAAAGUAAUUGUCUAAAAUAUUGACCUUGAAGUGUCUUUGGUAUUCAUAACAUAUUAGCGCGCACAGAUGCACAGUAUUCAUUCUUCAGUGACCACUGUAGUAGAAAAUAUAUUACAGAAAAUGAAACUCUUAGUAUUUGUGACUAAAAUUUAAUUAGUAGUUGGAUUUUUUAGAAGUUCCUUUAUUUUCAUAUUUUCACAGCCAUAUUCAAGGGCAAUGUUUAUUUGCACAGUUUUUAAUAAUUUAUUUGUAUAUCUAUCCAGACACCAGUAUACUGCAACACAGCAUGGUGCAUUGUGACUCUGUGAUGUGAUUGAUGAUUUGCUUGAUUUCAUACUUUAUUUUAAUUCACAAGUAUGUGCUGAACAUUUAUUAUUUAAAAAGGAGUAACACUUUUGUGAAUGUCCAUGUUGUUUGACAAGUGCCUAUUAAUUUGAUUGUAUGUAUAUAUUAUACUGUACAGUAUUUGAUGCAUCCAUGUUUUUUCAGGCUUACAUACAUAAGCAUUGGCAGGAGUUUUUACAGUGUAUAAUUGAAUAUAAUUGCUUGUGACCAUGACUGAAGAUCUCUAAAUGAUACAUUCACAUUCAGAGCUGUUAGAACUGCAUAAAAGACACUGCCAUUUUUCCUCUCUAAUAUGAACAGCUAUGGUGCUAUAGGAAGAGAUUUGUGUGUGCUGUAUUAAUAACAGUUUCAAGAUCAAAUGAAAUGUAACAUGUAUUCCAGUGUAUAGCUGUUUGUUUAUAUAAUAUUUGCUAACAUUAUUUUCAGUGUUAAUUUUAAUAAAUGAUAUGGGCAUAUUAUACUGAUAAUUGUCCUUGGCAUAAAGUCUAAAUGUGUACAUUAUUCUUGGGUCGGUAUUUUACCACAGCAAAAUGCUGUGUAUGAUUGAAGGGUUCAAGUUAGGAAUCAAAACUGCAGGUGCAGAUAUGAGGUUUAUCUCUCUAUUAGUGCAGCUCCUGAGUUUUUCUGUAAUUUAACAUGAUGAAAAGGUUCUACACCCCUGGGUCUUUGGAUAUUUCUAUUUUAGCUGUAUGGUUGGUCUCUGUGAAUGGAACAUGGACCUUCUUUAAUAAGGAAUGCAGUGGACCAAAUACAUAGACUCCAUCAUGAACAGGUUUAAAUUAAUCAGUUCAUAUUGAAUACUGGGUGUGUCGAAAUUACAGGAGCUUCAGUACCUGACACUUGCCUUGUGACUGUGAAAGAUGAUAUCAUUUAAGCAAGAAAUUUGAUUUACUUAUGGUAGUCAGAGAACCCAUUAAACCAAAUGCAAUAAUUACUUUAUAAAACAUUCAUGAAUUAACCUUUACUCCCUGUCUAACCAUAUAACCAUACCCAGAUAUUUAAACUGAAGGUCUGACUGAUUCAGCAGGUCAUAAGCUGGCUAAAGUAAUUUUAUUCUGCAUUGUGCUGCAGGAAGCGUAUAUAGCAAAGUGCAUUUAGUCUGUUACAUAUAUGAUUGGUGACAUGUUUCCUGAUUCCAGACUCCCAUCAUCUGUUGAUACCACACCUCCUUUCAAGCAAACAACAGUGAGAAAUUCCAUGUUAUAGUUCUUGUAUUUUAUUUAUUCUUCCUCCUUUAGUUCCCACAUAGUAUAGAUACAGCAAUAAAUUCUGGAGGGUCAGACUGGCCAGUAAUUACAGAAGUGUACCACCACCCAAGCAACUUUUUUCUCCCGUAUAAAUAGUCUGCUCAGAGAGUGCUUUAGUGGUCGUAGUUCUAAAGAUAGUAAUAUUUUUGAGAUCUGAUACUCUUACUUCCCCCCCCCCAGGCUGCAAAAUCUGUGUUGUAUAAGAUUUAGAUCCUUUAUUCUAGCAUCAUAGAUGUUAACUUACAAACAAAUAGCAAACUUGGACAUUAGACUUUCUGUGCCCUGCAUAAAUGGCCAGAAAUAUUUUUCAGAAAUUUUCCAACCAGAAGUUGAUUUUAAUUUUGAAAUUAUAUAACCACAAUCAGGCAAUGCACAAUGUGCAAAAGCCUUCCUUUCCUUCAUUGCAUAUUUCCUCCAGACCUGUUCCUGCUAUAUGGUUGAAAUUUUCAAGAGUCACAAAAACAAGGGCCAGGUAAAUGGCUACUGGAAGAUUUUAAGCUAGGAAUGAAAACUCUGGAACUUAGGGAGGGGUGAACAGUUCUCUAAAUUAAAUUCUGAAAUAGUUACAUGUUUAAAUAUUAUAUUUUAAUUGUAAAGUAAAUUUAUUUUUAAUAAUGCACAUCAGAUAAUCUCAUACUAUGGACAUAGCAUGCUUCAAAUCAAGCCAUAAUUUGAAAUCCAUUAUAUUGGCCUAAAAACAUAUAUCAGACAUUGGGCAUGAAAGUCUAAAGGUCAGCAAUCAUGAGCUGAAUUAUCCAGUAUUAAAUCAAGAAAUUAUGUGUUAUUCUCGUCUGAUAUUGGAUGCUUCAAUUUGAAAGGUAUUGUAUUGCUAUAAAAUUCAUGGAAGAGUAAUGAUGUGGGUUGUAAAUAAUUGCUGAUGGUUUUUGUUGUUAUAUUUAUUUUAUGAUGCAGUUUUGCAAAAUGAAACCUCAUAUUAUUGAUGAAUUAUAAUUUAUUUCAGUAAUAUUCUUUUUUCAUCUAGCAUAUUAUGUUGUAGGUGCUGUAUAUUACUGAAUUGAUACAGCUGCCACCUAUUCUCUCUUGUAAACUACAAUUCUUAUGGAAUGUUUUCUUGAAAAGUAACCAUUAUCUAUCUUGUAGUGGCAGGCAGUGACACUCUCUCUAGAUACUUAUAAACUUUCAGCACAUGUUACCCAAUAGGAAUAAAACAGUAUUUUGUACACUCAACUACUUUAAUUCCAUCAUGAUUCCACCUUCAAUAGUUUCUGCUACAUCAAAGUGUUAUAUUAUCAGGUGUUGUUUUAGUUGUGGGGAAAUCAGAGUAUCGGAUAAGUAAAACAUACACAGUGAAUUAGUGUAUACUCAUAGUGGAAUAUUGGAGAGUGAAGUUUUUUUUUCUUCUGAACCUUACUGGCCUUGAGCUUUUAUACACUGGGAAAUAUGUUUGACUAGAGGAGGCCGUUUGUUUUCUAAAAGCACAGCUGAAUUGUGCGCCAACUGAUGGUGCUUAUUGUAUCUUGAAGUGUGUUUUAUUCCUUUUUCUUUAGAAAUCAGUGUAACUUACAUAAUAAAUGGAAAGAAUGUGAGUGAUAGAUAUAAUGUUAUAUCUGUCAGUCUCUGGUUUCAUCCUUGCCCCAAGACAUGUUGAAACUGCUUCUGUGUUAACUUUUAUGUUCAUGCUAUUAGUGUACCAUGUCAGAUGUUGGCUUGCUUGCAUUUGAAUUUCAUUAUAUGUGAUUUCUGAACACUAUAUCUCUAUAAAAUAAGAGAUUGUAUACUUACAGUGAUGUUAUGGUGUUAAAAAUAUAAUAAACUUGCAGCAAUUCAUAUUUUAAAGUAUGACUCAUCUCAUGCCACUUAAGUAAGUGUGCAAGUUACUUAUGGCUUGUAAGCUGAGCUUGGAGAACUUCAGCUUCAGAAA